AUGCCUGACUCUCCUCCCACGAAAAUGAUCCGGGCACGUCUUGCCGUUAUUGCCUGUUCCAUUCUGGGCCUGGCAUUGGCUGGCCUAAACUCGGCUAUUGCAAGAUUCUCCAUCAUCCUGCGAGACCGAGCGCGAUCAGAAAUCACAGACCCCGAAAAUGGCAUCGUUGCCCACUCAUUCGAACGGCUGAUGGGAAACGUCUUCGCAAAUGCGGUGGUUGCUGUCUUUCCUCCGGCCAUCUCUGUUAUCUACGGUCUUGCGCUUGUGCUUUGCACAAAGUGGCUGCGCGAGAAGGGCUUCUACUAUGGGGCCAUGCAACUGAUUUUGGGCCUUUUUAUGGUGGUCACCGGGGCAUAUCUUGCGUUUAAUGUACGCGGGUUCCAAUCAUCCUUUGCGAGGAUGCAGGGGGAUGAUAGAAUUCCGUAUUAUGCUAUCAUGUAUUACGGUGGCGUGGGAGAAGCCGCUUCGGGGGCUCUUGUGAUUUUUAUGUUUCUUGGAACCGUGCUUUUGGCUUUGGUUUUUGGAGGAUAA